AUGAACAAAAACAACCCCCAACGCAAGAAGAAGCCAGCCAAGAAGAAUGCGAGCACAAACCAGCAGGCGGGUCCUUCGCGAACUACCGGUGGCAAAGGGAAAGGGAAACAAGUGCAACCUCAACAAACGACACUCGCAGCAAGAACUGCCGCGCGAAAAACUGUGGCUAACAGGAAAAGGGCUGCGGGGGAUAUGAAGUAUACUCAAGCUCUCCACUUUUUCGACGCCGGCCAAUACGAGGCUGCGCUGGAAUCUCUCAAGGCUGCGUGUAUGACCUUUAAAACACAACCAAAAUAUGCCUUGAAGAUGGCGGCUACGUUGAGCAAACUGGAAAGGUACGAUGAUGCCAUUGACAUGGCAUCAUAUGCUAUUGCCGUCCAACCCAACGACACCUUCAACGCUCGCUUACUGCGUGCCACCAUAUUCAUUAAGGACCAGGAGUAUGACUAUGCAGCGGCUGACUUGGUCACCUGCAAACGCGACAAGCCAGAUUCUCAAGAAGUCGCGUCAGCCAUCCAACAGCUGCACGAGCUAUGGGAUGUCGACGAUGAGUACUUACAGAAGAAUCCGGACGAGGCGAACAAGGACAUUGUCUAUCCCGACUUUGCCAACUGCACCGCCAACUUCGACCUUGACUGCAACUCCGACACGGAGGAGUCAACUCACAAGGGAGAUGGUCGAGUUUGCACCAACUAUAACCAAGGGAUGUGCAAAUACGGGAAGGACUGCUAUUCGCGACAUUCUGUAGACUCGAGGAGCAUUCGCGACCAGCUUGGUCGCAACGUCUGCAUCUUCCACAUCAUCGGCCGCUGCCACUUCUCAGCGGGCGGCCGAUGCUGGUACUCUCACUCAACAAGCCAUCUUCCGAAACAAGGAUGGUGGAACGAUGCCGAAUAUGUCGCCUACUACCGCAGCAUAUACGAUGUCCUCAAGACAACGGGCUCGAACCAGGUCAUGGACCUCAUGCUUGGUGGAGACAUGAACGGUCAAUGGCGGCCCUUUGAACGCCGCACGAACUUCGCGGCUGGAAUGCAGACACUCAAUCAGCCAGAGAACUUGCGUCGCGCAAUUUAUCGUCGAUGCGAGGAGGCAGUCGCCCAAGUCAUUGGAAUGAAUCCCAAGGACGUCGGAAGAAAAGGCCGGAACGGCGUAUUGGGGCAAGCGCUCAGGUACUUUGGGGUUGGAUAUCACGGUCAACAGCGUCGCUCGCGGCGCUACGAGGAGUCCGACUCUGAUGAUUACGACUACGACGAGUAUGGCGAGGGAGGAUAUGACAGUGAUGGUGAUUUGCUGCAGGAAAUGCUCAGUCUGGGAAUCAAACCCUGGGAUGAGGAUGCCUAUGACAUCCUUGCUUACCUUGCCAGCGAGUAUUAG